AUGGCCACCUGCUCACUUCUGUACCUGUCCUGGAAAACAGCUUUCCUCAUCGCUAUCACAUCGGCGAGACGAGUCUCAGAACUUUGGGCCCUCACAUCGGACCCACCGUAUACAGUGUUCCAUAAGGACAAGGUACAGCUGCAACCACACCCCGCCUUCCUCCCUAAGGUGGUGUCUGCCUUCCAUGUCAACCAAGACGACUUCCUCCCGGUCUUCUUCCCGAAGCCGCACGCUUUGCGAAGGGAACAACAGCUACAUUCCCUAGACAUUCGCAGGGCUUUUGCCUUUUACAUCGAGCGUACGAAGCUGUUCAGAAAGACGUCCCAACUUUGGCACCAGGGUCUGAUCUCUGUUCCCUACGCCCCCCAGGUGUACUCCCUGGACAGGCCACAGACCUUCCACAUCUGGUUCAGCCCCUACCGCUCCUUGGAAAAGAACAAGCAGAUGGAGAUGCUGGCAGAGCAGAUUGCCACAUUGUGUGAAACCCUGGAGGAGUACCCAGCCAUCCGCUACAGGAAGGACCAUGAAGAUAACUUCCACCUGGCGCAUGCUGUACUGGCCAAACUCAAGGUGUUCAAGGCAUACGAGCCCAGCAUGGGAGAGGGCCCUGACAAAGCCCGCUCUCAGCUGCUGAUAGUGGACCGGAGCUUCGACCUGGUGUCCCCACUGCUGCAUGAGCUCACCUUCCAGGCCAUGGCCUACGACCUGCUCAGCAUCAAGAAUGACACCUACAGGUAGGGCCUGGCUGCCAGCAG